AUGGGCUGCUUCGCUGCUGUGUCUGGACAAGUGUGUGGCCCUGGGGUGCGGGUCCAGGGCCGUGGCGGCCAGCUGUCUCUGCAGGAGCUGCUCACCACUUGCUUUCCUGUCCGCACAGUCCUCCUCAUGGAGAAGUACCGGGAGUGCGGCUUUCCGCGGCUCUGGGCUGCUAGUGCCUUCAAGGGGGCCACGGGGGCCAGCCAAGCCCUGCCCCCCAUCGAGCACCACCUCAGGAACCACGCACAGUGGCUGCAGGUGGCGGGCAGCGGGCCGGCGGACACGCUGCAGGGCAUCGUCCUGACCGGCUGGCAGAGGCAUGCUGACGCCGGUGGCAUUCGCUCCGCUCCCGCUGUUCCUGAGCGGAGAGCCCCGUGCCGCAGCCACUGCACGGCUGGCACCUCCCUGCCUGCCUCCCCGCUGUCCCCCGGCUCAGAGGGUCACCCGCGUCGCACCCACAGGCCACGCUGGUUGGCCUCGGAGCCCCAGAGCGCUCCACCGUCGUCGCCCCAGGGCCUGCAGCUGGACGCAUGGCCGGCAUGGAACGGCCCCUCCAACCGCUUCUGCCUGUGGUUGGUUUCAGGAGAAUUUGCCGACUACGUUAAGUCGAGAGUGGAGAGCUUUCUGGGGAUUUCGAGCCUGGACAUAACUGAUUCUGUGAGCGAGGGGGCCGGUUCCUUCCCAGGCAGCAGCAUCCUCGCCCUUGUCACGCAAGUCAGCCUGCACCUGCGCAGCUCCGUGGAUGCGCUGCUGGAGGGGAACAGGUACGUGACUGGCUGGUUCAGCCCCUACCACCGCAGGCGGAACCUCAUCCACCCGGUCAUGGUCCAGCACAUACAGCCCGAGGCACUCAGCCUGCUGGCCCGGUGGAGCAGCCUCGUGCAGGAGCUGGAGGCCGCCCUGCAGCUUGUCUUCUACCCAGAUGCCGUGGAGGAGUGGCUGGAGGAGAACGUGCUCCCCAGCAUGCAGCGGUUGCAGAGCCUGCUGCAGGACCUCAGCCAGGCAGCUGCCCCCCAGCCCCCAUCCACAGGCCCCACCCCGGACACUGGACGCGAGUGUAGAGUGCGAGCUCAUGGCAGCCGUCCCCCCAGCCUGCUGGCCCGGUGGAGCAGCCUCGUGCAGGAGCUGGAGGCCGCCCUGCAGCUUGUCUUCUACCCAGAUGCCGUGGAGGAGUGGCUGGAGGAGAACGUGCUCCCCAGCAUGCAGCGGUUGCAGAGCCUGCUGCAGGACCUCAGCCAGGCAGCUGCCCCCCAGCCCCCAUCCACAGGCCCCACCCCGGACACUGGUUAG